CCAAAAGUUUAAAAUCAAGCUCUUCAGUUUUCAUGUUUCUGAAGUCCCAAAAUUUCCGCCAUAGAUACGUUUCCACGAAGAUUGAAUCUUCAAAGCAGUAACUUUCUCUCGUUUUUUAUUCUUAAAUCUCAGUGUUUGCUUACUAGAAGUCAAAGAUGAACGGUGAGGAGUUGACCGAGCAGGAAACGGCUCUGUAUGAUCGUCAAAUUAGGGUUUGGGGCGUUGAUGCACAAAGAAGGCUCAGCAAAUCUCACGUUUUCGUCAGUGGACUCAAAGGCACCGUUAUAGAGUUCUGCAAGAACAUUGUUCUAGCAGGGGUAGGAAGUUUGACCUUGAACGACGAUAAUCCAGUUACUGAAGAAGCGUUAGCUGCAAACUUUUUGAUUCCGUUUGAUGAAAACAUGGGUGGCGGAGGUUCUCUCGCAGAGCUUUGCUGUGAUUCUUUGAAAGAUUUUAACCCUAUGGUUCAUGUUUCUGUAGAAAAAGGUGAUUUGUCAAGCUUUGAUGUGGAUUUCUUUGAAAAGUUUGAUGUGGUGGUUAUCAGUUGCUGCUCACUUGCUGCCAAAAAAUCAGUGAAUGAGAAAUGCCGCAAAUUGUCAAAGCGAGUUGCGUUUUAUACCGUCGAUUGCAGGGACUCUUGUGGUGAAAUAUUUGUUGAUUUGCAGAAGUAUGCGUAUGCCAAGAAAAAAGCUGAUGAGACAGUUGAAUGCCAAUUGCAGUAUCCAUCAUUUGAGGAAGCAAUUGCAAUACCAUGGAGGUCACUUCCUAAACGCGUAUCAAAGCUGUAUUUUGCUAUGAGAGUGGUAGAAAGGUUUGAAGAGGUUGAAAGGCGUAAACCAGGAGAGACUUCCAUUGAAGACCUGCCAAAUGUUUUGAAACUAAGAAAUGAACUUUGCCUAGCACACUCACUUAAUGAAUCUCAGAUUCCAGACGCCCUCCUAGAAAGAUUAGUUGCGUCGACAAAAGAGUUCCCACCCGUCUCUGCUGUACUUGGUGGUAUACUCGGUCAGGAAGUAAUUAAAGCAAUAUCAGGCAAAGGUGACCCCCUGAAAAAUUUCUUCUUUUUCGACGCGGUGGACGGGAAAGGCCUCAUAGAGGACAUUUCCACCUCUUAAAAGUUGGUAACCGUAGAAUCUAGCUAAAACUUGUGACGGAAAUUGCUAAAUUUGAGGGAUUGUUCUAACUUUAUCUAUUUGUAUUUUUAUUUUUAUUUUAUGGUGCAAUUGUUUGAUGAAAACCAAAUCUUGAAUCGUUUUGUAAUUGUACCAACUCUGAUCUCAAACUUGGUUAUAAAUAAUGCCAUAUAUAGGGGAGCUGAAAAUGCAAUAUAUGUUAA